ACCAGAUCACUCACAUUUCGAUGUCAGGGCAUCCAGUCCUGCAUUAUACAGAAUUGCUGCAUUUCGGGUAAUUUCACACAUCAUUUUGUGGGCCAGUGUGACUCCAUAUCAAGUGAAAAGUUGGGCGGAGAGAUCUAGUUACCUCUAAGGCAUUUUUUUUACGAGGCGUGAUAAUUUUGUCUAUGUUCAUGAUGAAAUAUGUUGCACUGAUUACGAUCGUUUGCCUUCUUCCAGCAAUAGUUGCAGUGUCUGUAGAUAAUAACAACGAGAACAAAAAUGACUUACACCGGAUCGUUGAAAAGACCGUCCCGUCUUCUUACAAGAACGCUUACAACAUUUUGAUGAAAGCAAACGAAAUAAAAACAAGGUCUGACAAUACGAACGAAGGUCAGGACUACCCUCAGAUUCCUCCGAUAGAUCCACAGGUCAGGUUGGAAGUCUCUGAAAUUCUGGCAAAAACCAUCGAAGACAUCAAUGAUCGCCUAUAUAGCUUAGCCGAAAAUAUCAAAGUGCUAUCACAAAACCAGCUCUUGUUUAACGCGAGGUUAUCUGCCAUAGAGGAUGCAAAUGAAAUUGCCAUUGUUCCAGUAGUGGAAGGCAUCCACAACCAUCACCAACAAACAGACCAAGGCAAUCAACAUGGUGACGACAGAAACGGGAAUGAUAUGGAGGGAAACCUUAGCCUCAUUAAUGAACUCGUUGAUGUUGCAGUAGAUAGAAUUGAAGACGCUCAAUAUAUUGUAGCAGAAUCAGGGGAAUCUCACGACGAGAGUCCACAAGCAACUUCAAUGCCACCACAUACAACAACAAGUGUCAACGGCGAUCAACAGCAACUAACAUCUACAAUACAACCACAUACAUCAACAAGUGCCAACGGCGAUCAUCAGCAAGAGGCAAGUACAGUGCAACCACAUACAACAACAAGUGCCAACAGCGAUCAUCAGCAAGAGGCAAGUACAGUGCAACCACAUACAACAACAAGUGCCAACAGCGAUCAUGAGCAACAGGCAAGUACAUCGCAACCACAUACAUCAACAAGUGUCAACGGCGAUCAUCAGCAAGAGGCAAGUACAGUGCAACCACAUCCGGCAACAAAUGUCAACGGCGAUCAUCAGCAAGAGGCAAGUACAUUGCCACAACACAACACAAGUGUCAAAGGCGAUCAAAAGCAAGAUGCAACUGCAAUGCCACCACAUACACCAACAAAUGCCAAUAGUGAUCAACAACAACACGUAACUACAAUGCCAUCGCAUACAUCAACAAAUGUCAAUGGCGAUCAACAGCAACAACCAACUGCAAUGCCACCACAUGCCAACGUGGUCACAACCACAGCACAAUCGCAUGCUAACACAGAACAAGAAACCAGUGCAUUGCCACCACAAAGCAAUGGUGACUCGCAGCAGUCUACUACCAUGACUAUUAACCGCGCUAACGGAGUAGAAGUCCUCGAUGAAAAACGGAACUACCUCGGUGACCAUCGUCGGUAUUCUUUUCGUGGCUAUAAUCCUUUUAUUGGUGAUCGUCGUAGUAGCGUUCUCAGCAGGCUUCGUAAUGGUCUUCCUCUCAGACAAGUGUCCUACCAGGUACCGGUCAAACUCCGUAAAGGGGCAAGACUGGAUCAAACAUGGUACCCGAAGGAGUUUCAACACAGGAAUUAACCCACCAACCUAUUACUAUUAUGGAUUUUAAACUCUUCUGCAACCAUGAAUCAUUUCCCCAACAGCUCAAUCAGCAGGCCUAAUUUAGUUUAUAAGUUAUAAUUAUAUAAAAAUACAAUUU